AUGCCGCCAGGGCAGUCGUCCCUGACGUUCGUGCCGCAUAGGCAGCCCGGGACUCCGGGCGGCAGGGCGCCGUUUCUGGCCGCGCACGCCGUGCUCUGGGCCGGGUCGCAGCGCGCGUCGAAGCUGCAGGUCAGCGACGGCAGCGGCGGGUUGCUGAAGGUUUCCAUGAAUAUUAUCGAGGACGUGGCUGAACUCGAUGUCGUCGUGGUGGGCGGCGUGGUCGUGGUGGAGUUGGCAGACCUCGUCGAGGUCGCUGUGCAGACGGAGGGCUCGGGGGGGAGUCGAUGGGCCGGAAAAGACGCAGGACGACGUGGCAGGGGCGGCGAUGAUCUCUUGGUUGAAUUGCAUGCUGGAGGUGUAGCGGAUGGAUUCGUUGACCACCGAGGUCAGGAGGUACUGGUACUCCGGGGCAUCCUGGAACUUGAGCCAGACGUAUUCCUUCAGGUCGGUAAAGGGGAGGUAGGCCCUGGUGACGACGACAUUGGGAUCAAGUUUUUGGGAGUCGAUGAGUUCUUGGAGAUACAUGAGAUCGUAGAGGCCCGGCAGAAUAGAGGUCCAGGUCCCGUUGAUAACGUCGGCACGAUCGCGGUAUUCAAAACCACCACCCACUACGAUGCCGAGUUGGAGGGGAUCGCUGAUGUCGAAAAGCAAAUCGGUUCGACUCUCGUAGUCAGGAUACGCUUGGGGAGGAACAUAAUUCAGAGCGGUGCUAAUUGA